GGGAGCUAGUCUCGCGAGAGGACGUAGGGAGACUCCUGUUCGCUGAGCUCUGGUGCCGCGACCACUGGAGCCUUAGUGGGCGCUGCAGCUGGAGCCGUAGUCUUGCAACUCAACCCGCAGCCGGCCUGGUAGCAGAGAGGGUGCAGGGGGAGCUCAGCGGGCGCAACCUUGAGCCCCGGAGCGUGCCCCCUGCUCACCAGGGUCGCCGCGGCACUUUUCGCCGCUGCAGCUGACAGGGGCCGCGCGCGCGGGAGCCGGCGGGGUGGCGGCAGCCGCACCUGCGCCAGCGGUCAGCGAGGUGUCUCCACCCGGCCGCGCGGGCCGAGGGGGCCGGGGAGUGGGCGCGGGCGGGGCCCCGCAGGGCCACCUCCUCGCCCUGCAGCUUCUGCUGGAAGAUGUCUCAGGAGAGGCCCACGUUCUACCGGCAGGAGCUGAACAAGACUAUUUGGGAAGUGCCGGAGCGUUACCAGAACCUGUCCCCAGUGGGCUCUGGCGCCUAUGGCUCAGUGUGUUCUGCUUUUGACACCAAGACUGGACUACGUGUGGCAGUGAAGAAACUAUCAAGACCGUUUCAGUCCAUUAUUCAUGCCAAAAGGACCUACAGAGAACUACGGUUACUUAAACAUAUGAAACAUGAAAACGUGAUUGGUCUAUUGGAUGUUUUUACACCUGCAAGGUCUCUGGAAGAAUUCAGUGAUGUGUAUCUGGUGACUCAUCUCAUGGGGGCAGACCUGAACAACAUUGUCAAAUGUCAGAAGCUUACUGAUGACCACGUUCAGUUCCUCAUCUACCAAAUUCUCCGAGGUCUCAAGUACAUCCACUCAGCUGGAGUCAUCCAUAGGGACCUGAAGCCUGGCAACCUUGCAGUGAAUGAGGACUGUGAACUAAAGAUCUUGGAUUUUGGGCUGGCACGGCAUGCAGAUGCAGAGAUGACUGGCUAUGUGGUGACACGCUGGUACCGAGCCCCCGAGGUGAUCCUCAGCUGGAUGCACUACAACCAGACUGUGGACAUCUGGUCUGUGGGCUGUAUCAUGGCAGAGAUGCUGACAGGGAAAACUCUGUUCAAGGGGAAAGACUACUUGGACCAACUGACCCAGAUCCUGAAAGUGACUGGGGUGCCGGGAGCAGAGUUCGUGCAAAAGCUGAAGGACAAAGCGGCUAAAUCCUACAUCCAGUCUCUGCCACAGACCCCCAAAAAGGACUUCUCUCAGCUCUUCCCUCGUGCCAGUCCCCAAGCUGCAGACCUGCUGGAGAAGAUGCUGGAGCUGGAUGUGGACAAGCGCUUGACAGCCUCCCAGGCCCUCGCUCACCCUUUCUUUGAACCUUUCCGGGACCCUGAGGAAGAGACAGAGGCCCAGCAGCCGCUUGAUGAUGCCUUGGAGCAUGAGAAGCUCACAGUUGAUGAAUGGAAGCAGCACAUCUACAAGGAGAUUGUGAACUUCAGCCCCAUUGCCCGGAAGGACUCAAGGCGCCGGAGUGGCAUGAAGCUGCAGUGACGCCACCAACCCCACUGCUGACUGAGCCCGGGAACUGCCACACGGCACCAUCUGCCAGGCACUGCCUCUAGGACCAGUAUUUAUUUGGCACUACCAAAGUUUCAGUCUUUUUUGGAUUAUAUCCUUUCAAGCAGAGGACAGACCAUGUAUAAAAACAGGCCUAGUAGAUUCAAAGAUGUUGGUUUGGAGAAAACUACUUGGACCAAAACCUGUCACAUUAAAAAUUAAACCCCCAUCUGGAGAA